AUGGCGACCCUCAGCAACGGCAAGACGCUGCCCUUUACAGCCCGAAUCAAGGAGUUUACUCCCAUGGUCUUGUUCAUGACCUUCUACCUUGCGGUCACUGCUUGGAACUAUGGCUACGAUGUCUCUGUAUUUGCUGGCGUGCAAGCCAUGGAUCCUUUUGUCCGGCGAUUCGGCUCCUACAACGCAGUCACUCACAAGUAUGCCAUCCGGUCGUACCUUGUGUCGAUCCUGAACUCAUUCCCAUACUUGGGGAAGCUGCUCGGAUGCUGGGCUGCCACACCGCUGGCGGAGAAGAUUGGUCGCAAGAAAUCCGUCCUGGCGGUGAUCGCCACCUCCUUCAUUGGUGUUCUCCUUCAAAUUACUGCAACUACGGUAGCGCAGUUCACGGUCGGGCGCAUGCUUUGCUAUGCAAUGACGGGUAUUUGCGUCAAUGUCAUGCCCGCUUACAUGGCCGAGUGUGCUCCCGCCUGUCUGCGCGGCAUGGUGACGUCGCAACUGCAGAUGCAGAUUGUGGUUGCCCAGCUGGUGGCCUCGGGGGUCAACUACGGGACGUCGACGAUCAAAACCGACGCCGGGUGGCGCAUCUCUGUCGGUGUCCAGUUUGUCAUGCCUGGACUGCUUCUCGUUCUGUACCCGAUGAUUGUCGAGUCACCCCGCUGGCUCCUAUCGCGAGAUCGCUUCGAGGACGCAACCGCCUCUCUCCGCCGCUUACGGAAGAAAGAUGUCCCAGACGAAGUCAUCCAGGACGAGGUCAACCUUCUAGGUCACCUGCAAAGCAACGAAGGCAAAGGCUCGUGGAAGGAGAUCUUUACUGGGACAAAUAGGCGCCGAACAAUUGUCGCGGUCAUUGUCAUGGUCGGGCAGCAAAUCACGGGCCAGGCAUUCGUCUCGCAGUACUCGGUGACAUUCUACAAGCAGCAGGGUUACACCAACAAUUUCGAGCUCGGCAUGAUUCAGCAAGCGUUGGGCGUGGCGGCUUCCAUCCUCACGACCGUGGUGGUCGACUCCUUUGGGCGGCGCCGCAUCCUCCUCAUCGGCGGGACCGCCAACUCGGUCUUUCUCUUCAUCAUGGGCGCAAUGGGGAGCAUCGCUCAUCCCUCCACGACUGAGAAGCGACUGCUGGUGGCCAGCGUCAUGAUCUGGUUUUACUUUUACCUCCUGUCGUGGGCAUCAGUUCCAUACAUUGUGCUCGGCGAGGCGUCGACGCGCCGUGUGGUGGAGAAGACGAGCAACCUGGCGGUGUCGCUGUCCGUGCUGUCUGCGUUUCUGGUGUCGUUCACGGCGCCAUAUCUCAUCGGCGCUGACUAUGCCAACCUCGGCGGCAAGGUCGGCUUCAUAUACGGUGGGCUGAGUGUGGUGUUUACAGCCCUGACGUGGUUCUACGUUCCGGAGAUGAAGGGCCGGAGCCUAGAAGAUAUUGACUCUCUCUUUGAGCAAAAGGUGCCCACGAGGGACUUUCGCUCGGCGGAUAUUUCGGCCAUCCAAAUCUCCCUGGAUAAGCUUGGGGAGAAGGAUUUGUCGGCAGUGGAGGAAAGGAGAGCCACAUGA